UGUAUGUUAGAAAAAGAAGAAGAAGAGAAAAGAAAGCAGAAAAAAAGAAGCAUGAAGAGAGUGCUCCUACUACUAAACUCGGUUCUUCUAGCUCUAGGAACUUCCGGUGGCCCCCUCGUAAUGCGUCUCUACUUCAUCCACGGCGGCAACCGAAUCUGGCUCUCCAGCUUCCUCGAAACCGCCGCUUUCCCUCUCAUUCUCAUUCCCUUAACAAUCUCUCACUUUCAUCCCACUUCUCAUCAUUCACCCAAACCUAACCUCGUCUCUAUCAAACUGCCUCUCUUUCUCGCCUCCGCCGUUAUCGGAAUCCUCACCGGCCUCGACGACUACCUCUACGCCUGCGGCAUAGCGCGCCUUCCCGUCUCCACUUCCUCCCUUAUCCAAGCCUCGCACCUCGCCUUCACCGCCAUCUUCGCCUUCCUCCUCGUUAGGCACAGGUUCACGGUGUACUCAGUCAACGCCGUCGUGCUUCUCACCAUCGCGGCGGUGGUUCUGGCGCUGCGUUCCGGUGGAGACCGUCCGCCAGGCGAGUCCACGCGGCAGUACGUGAUCGGUUUCGUUAUGAUUCUGGCGGCUGCAGCGCUGUACGGAUUGGUCCUGCCGUUGAUGGAGUUGGUGUACAAACGGAGCAAGCAGCGCGUUACGUACUCUCUGGUGAUGGAGAUUCAGCUUGUGAUGUGCUUCUUUGCUACCUUGUUCUGCACCCUUGGCAUGCUCAUCAAUAAUGACUUCAAGGUGAUUUCGCGAGAAGCAAAAGAAUAUGAACUUGGGGAAAGCAAGUACUAUGUUGUGCUGGUGGGGAGUGCAAUAAUGUGGCAGUUCUUCUUCUUGGGAGCAAUAGGGGUUAUCUUUUGCUCCUCGUCUUUGUUUUCAGGAAUUAUAAUUGCUGCUUUUCUUCCAGUGACUGAAGUUUUGGGUGUUAUUGUAUACAAAGAAAAUUUUGAGGCAGAGAAAGGGGUUGCUUUGGUGCUGUCUCUUUGGGGAUUUGUGUCAUAUUUCUAUGGUGAAAUUAAACAAGACAGGGAAAAGAACAAGAAUGGUUGCCCAGAAACAGAGCUACCUCAAAGUCUUUCUCCCAAUGCAUGAUUACCACUAAAGUUGUUGUCUUCAGAUUUCACUGUC